ACUCCAAAAUGCGGGAGGUGUGUGCUGGCUGUGACACCCCCAUCUCUGACCGGUUCCUCCUGCGAGUCAAUGAGCGCUCCUGGCACGAAGGCUGUGUGAAAUGUGCUGUCUGCCUGCAGCCACUUUCUGGCACCUGCUACUGUCGCAACCGGCAGCUGUACUGCAAACACGACUAUGAAAAGCUGUUCCAGACCAAGUGCAGUAGCUGCUUGAAGGCCAUCGCCCCCUCUGAGCUCAUCAUGCGGGUGCUGGAGAACGUCUACCAUGUUCACUGCUUCUACUGCUGCGAGUGUGAGCGCCGUCUGCAGCGGGGAGAUGAGUUUGUACUCAAGGAGGGGCAGCUGCUGUGCCGCAGCGACUAUGAGAAGGAGAAGGAGAUGCUGAGUGCUAUCAGCCCUGCACCCACUGAGUCUGUAAAAAGUGAGGAUGAAGAUGGUAGCCAUUCACACAGCAAAGGCAGCGAGGAGAACAAAGACCACAAGCGCUCCAAGCGUCCACGCACCAUCCUUACCACACAGCAGCGGCGAGCAUUCAAGGCCUCAUUUGAGGUUUCCUCAAAACCUUGCAGAAAGGUGAGAGAGACCCUUGCAGCUGAGACAGGCCUGACUGUGCGGGUGGUACAGGUCUGGUUCCAGAAUCAAAGAGCCAAGAUGAAGAAGAUUGCUCGCAGACAGCAACAGCAGCAGCAGCAACAGCAGGAGCAAGACCAGCUGGGUAACCCUCGUUUAGGGACCGGGAGAGGGACUGGUCGCAGCAGCAGGCAGAGUAAUGAUGAUAGCGAAGAUGGUGCGAGUGUUCAUGGCCUGGAUGGGCUCAUGGUCCCCUAUCCCAGGAUCCCCCAGCAGCAGCUGCUGCCCCUGGAUCAAAAUGGCUACAGCACAGACUUGUACAGACAAGGGCUUACGCCACCCCAGCUGCCAGGAGACCAUCUGCACCCCUACGACUCAGAAGGAGUUUUUCACGACAUGGACAGUGACAGCAUCAGCCACCUGGGAGACUGCCUGCUGUCAACAGCUGAGGCCAACCUCCUCCAGGCCCGAGUGGGUAAUCCCAUCGACCGACUCUACUCCAUGCAGAGCUCCUACUUCACAUCCUGACCAUAGAAAAGCUCCCAGCUCUUCACGAGUGUCUUGGAUAAACGCUGCUCCAAAUUCUGAAUAAGGGUGAGGGAGAAGAAACAAGACUGAGACCUUCAGUGACACUCACUGAACACUGCACAAUGGAGGAGGCAACUGAGUUUGCCAAGCAUAUAAGCACUAAUUCAUGGAGACUGUCCACACAGCCUGGAGGACUUUGGAUUGCUUCUCUCCUUUUUUUUCUAGCCACAAGUAGAUGGAUGGUAUGAUGUUGUUUAGCUGUAACUUUAGCAGUCUGUCCGGUGUUUAAGCUUUUGAGCAUAUGGCCUUCAAACAAAGACUGGUCAAGCUAACCAGAGUUGCCCCUAGAAGCAGCAGGUCCCCUUCCCCUGCCAACUAUGUUUAUUUAAGUCUUGGCUGCAGCUGAGCUGUUUGCUGUGCUAUAUUGCCCCUUUUCCCAAUCCAGAUGCAGGCUUCAUGGGACAAGGUUAAUUUUCAACAGUAAAAGCCAAGGUCCUGAGGCAUCUCCAAUGGAUGACACUGCUGCCUCAGAGACCUUCUUCAUGGUUGUCAAUUAAUUGGCACAGGAUGAAUUUUUAAGUUUGACACCUCAGAAGUGCAUGAUAGCUUGGCCCCUGAAUGAAAUGGCAGUGCUUGGGGAUCCACUUAAAGGAACAAAAGAAUAUUUAUCCUCUGUCUUACCCAAGGAUGUCAAAACAAGUGUAACACAUCCAGAGUGUGUUCUCCUUUGCCUUUAUGUCCUUUCUCUAAAGGGGCAAUUUUAUUCCCUUUAUGGAUGGAACAAAGACUUAUUCUCACAAAACCACAAUUGCCAGCCACACUAGUUUCUGUUUGUUUCUUUUGCAAAAUAGCAGAAUGAAACAAUUUUAGUCUAAAAAUAUUCCUACUAGAAAAGCCUUUCUCUAUAACUUCUGUCUACAGCAGGACUUCCUACCCUAUGCUUUCCGUUCACUGAAGGCAUCCUAGCAGUUUGCUUCCCUCCAACAGGUGAUGAGAGAAAGAAAUGGAAUUGCAUUAUCUCAUGAUGUGUCCACGCCAAGCCAUUUCACUCCAAGAGGCUACACUUCGUUUUUGCUUUGAAGGCAACUCAGAGGUGACAUCAGAAUUCAUCCAAGAGAAAGGCAUGCCUCCUCUGUGGGUAGAAAGGAACGAUACAUUUUCUCCACCCAUCAUGAUGUCCUGCAUGGUGCAGCUGAGAGUUACAAGAAGCAGAUGGGCACCAAUGUGAGUACCCAUAAAAGGUAAAACAGGCAAGAGAGAGAAGAGAAUGGAAGUACGAGUUACUACCUAAAGGAAAUUCCUUAUUCUCCUGCCCAGGACCCAAGUCUGGGAUUUGGUUCUUCAUGUAUGUGAAGGAAAGCUGGUAUUCCUAGAAAGGACAAGUGUUCCCAUGAGCCUACUUGCGGCAUGUCAGCUGAAGGAACAAGGUCCUCCAGAACUAACUUUCCCUUGUCUGUUUGAACAGACUGACUGGUGAACAACUCCAAGAGGAUAUCAUGACCUAUUUUUAAAUCUUGAUCUCAAGAGUUGAGUCCUGCAGUGCAACCAGAGAAGCUGGCUGACUGAUGUUUCUGUAUGUGGUGUUUUACUUCUAAGCCUCCACAGGCUUGGCAGUCUGAUUUUAAAGAUGUGCAGCCUCUCAAAUUAAAAGGAAGAAAUGGCUAAUUAUUGUUGUUCCUGUGGUUACGGAGGAA